GCGGCUUCAUCAGUGCAGGAAUGAAACGCAGACUUCCUGUUUUUUGUUUGAGAGAAAACAUUGGGAUGGGAUUAAAACAAAAUCAUCAUUUCGGAGUUUUAGUCGUUUAGUUGGAUUGAAGGCUGCUUUUAUUUGUUACGACGUGAGAAAUCAGAUAUUUUGGAUGGAUCGAAUUUGGCAGAGGAGAGCAUGGACAGCUCAGUGACCCUGUGGCAGUUCCUGCUGCAGCUGCUGCUGGACCCGGGCAAUGAGCAGCUCAUCUGCUGGACCAAUGAGGACGGCGAGUUCAAGCUGCUGCAGGCCGAGCAGGUGGCCAAGUUGUGGGGCGCUCGCAAGAACAAGCCCAGCAUGAACUACGACAAGCUGAGCCGAGCCCUGCGCUACUACUACGACAAGAACAUAAUUAAGAAAGUAAAUGGCCAGAAGUUUGUAUACCGCUUCGUCUCCUAUCCGGACAUUUUAAAAGCUGAUUACGCAGCCCGAGCCGAGGGACCCGAAGCGAGUCCCCUUCCUUCUCCCGAGCAACAACCAAACAAAGGCCAACCCACCAGCAACAAACCAACCAAGGACGCCUUCAAACAAGGCAUCGCCGCUCCGAGCCAGUCCAAAUCGUCCAGCCGGAAUGACUACAUCCACUCAGGUCUGUACACAUCCUUCACUCUGACUUCUCUCCAGUCAGGAACGCAGCUCUUCAAGUCCAUCAAGAUGGAAAACCCCGGAGAGAAGAUGGCAGAGAAGAAAGAAGCCGUCCAGCCUCCGUCGGUCAUCAAAUUCGGGACUUCGCCUCCGACAAGAACUCCUACGCAGAGCGUGACGGAGAAGCUGACUCCAUCUGCGCAGUCCGGUCAGCCCCCGAUCCAGACGUCAGAGCCUGAGGAAGAGCAGCUCACUCCCACCACGCCGCUCCAGGUGAACUCUGGUACUGACGCAGCACCAGUGAACAUCAUCCUCUCAGGGAUUUCUCCUUCGCUGGGAUGUCCCUCGCCCUCUCCCAGCACACUCGCCGACUCCAAGGAGCUGAUCAUCGACACGGACGGCGAGUCGGUUUCCUCUCAGCCUACAGAGCUGCAGCUACAGGUUCAGCCCUCGUCUGAAUCCGGCUCUUCGGACGUGUCGGUGUCCCGUAGUCAGAGCAGCAAAACGUCGAAGAAGCCCCGAGGGCUGGAGCUCAUGCCCACGGUGUUUGUGAGCAGCUCGGACUUGAGUCCCCUCAACCUGUCGAGCCCGUCACUCCCUACAGCCUCCCUCACGCCGGCCUUCCUGCAGACACCCUUGUUGCUUACACCAAGUCCUCUGCUCUCCAACAUCCACUUCUGGAGCACGCUCAGUCCCGUCGCUCCUAUCAGCCCGGCCCGAAGACAAAGCGCACACACACUCUUUCAGUUUCCGUCUGUCCUGAGCUCCACCCAGUUCUCGGUGCCGGUACACAGUCUGGAUGGCACCAACACACCAGGACCGCUCUCUCCAGACCCACAGAAGACAUAGAGGAUAAUUUAAAAAAAAAAAAGAAAAUAGACUGCCAUGAUUGGUGGGUUUGCCUUUACACAAAAACACACCCAUCUCUCCUCCUGUAUUUUUCUGUAUUACGUCGCACACCCACCGUGUGUUACCCGUUGACCAAAUUCUCCCUCCUGCUGCCGAAGAUGACGAGUGUUUAGGACCUUCAUUACGGGUUUCAGGUGGAACUUCGUCUUCAGCCUGGAGGGAGAGUUGUGAUGGUGUUCUCUUUGCUCAUAUGGACAACAAGCCAUCAAGACGUAGUUCUCGAAAGGAUUAGCGUUAACUUCUCUGCUGUUUCGGUUUGAUUGUGUUUGUGUUGUUUGCCUUACAGGGAGCGGAGAUUGGCUUUCAGGGAGUCACUGUAAUCAUUGUUUCUUCAGGAGUUUUCACUCCUAUACAUUACAGUGAUUCUCACGAUAGUGAUUUUAGAUUUCUACACAGGGAUGCAUCGAUACCAGCCCGCCCAAACAAAAACGUUUUCUGGUGCUUAUAGAUACCGAUGCUGAAAAGAGUGACCUACUUAGUAUUUAAUUGAACAUGGACGUUUUAUUUAGCUCUGUUUGUUUCCCUGGUUUAAAUCACGACCAUGAAAUGCGCAUGUUCUUUUUAUAAAGUUAGCGAAGUUGAUUUUAAAUAAAGUGAAUUAGCUAGCUACAUUAGUCACCUUGUAUCAAGUAGAGGUGCAGCUGAGAAGUGCAGGUGUUUUACUCCGCGUCUGUACAGCUUUACGUAAAGUCCUUUUCUGUCACUAACUCGCCAACAAUGAUAGCAACUGAUGAUCAAGAGCAUACUGGGUAAGAGCUGUUAUUUUCACUCGCCUAGCAUCAGCUGUGCACCUUCAUUUCUCACCUAGCUAGCGUUUCAAGACGCUGUAGUUCCUCCGCUUGAUAUUUUCAUUAGACGUAGUAUCUCGGGGUAUCAGAGCAUUUUUUUUUUUUAAGGCGUAAAUGAGCACAGUAUCCGACCGCUAUUCAAUCCCAGCAUCAGUAUCGAUGCAUCCCUACUUGAGCGUCAUGAGGUGUUGUACGUAAUCGCCUCUCUGCCAGGCCAAUCCUCUCGUUUCUCAGCCUUCGUACUUAGAGGGAGAUGACCUGCAUAUUUUGAACAAAGUUUCAUUUUGCACCUUUUUUGCCAUAAUCUACAAGCACCUUGACACAACCACUCGUAUCAGUCAUUUAACGUCGCACUUACGCACUAAUGAUGUCUCAAAGACGUUUAAAACUCUUUUCAGAAAUAUCUAGAGAUUGUAAUCUAGUUUGGUUACGGAAAAAUAAGACACAGGGACUCUAAACAUCCAGAUACUUAUUUUUGUAUCGUAUGUAUCGACUGUUCAAAUAGGGUUUAUAGGAAUCAUAUUAUUUUUCAAGGAGGUAUAUUCAUAUAUCGUGAGGUUUUAAGACAAAACCUUUAAGGUUUUAAGUUGAAUUCGGGUGUCAGAACUGAUUAAAAAAUAAACAUUUAAAAUAAAAAAUAAUCCCCGGGAUUCUUUUAGAAAAGCUAUUUUUGUAAUUUUACAUACAAAGAAAUAGAUUAGAAAGGAAAUAGCUGGAAAUGAGAUUUAAUUCACUAGGAUUUGGAAUUUUUAUGCUUUUUUUUUUUUUUAAAGUAAAUUCAACAUUAAAAUAGUCAAACGUAAUAAUUAAAAUGUAAAUUUUGGCAGCUCCAAACGUUUCUUAUUCUGAAUCCGAGCUUUACUUUUACGUAUAAAAUUUAAUCCGAAUUUGAUUAAUUUAAAGUGUGUUGUGCCACAAAAAAAAAAUGAACUUGAAAUUUGUGCAUCAUUAUAUGAACAUGAAUCUGAUUUUAAAGACUUUUAUACACGUUCAGUUUGAUUAAAUUCAAUUUCGCUAUCAGAUAAUUGCAAAACAUUCAAGCGUAAAUGAAUAGAAAUAGAUAAGUAAACUUAAAUGCAAAUAAAUUUAAUUAAAUAAAAAUGUACAAAACUCAAGUUCCUAGUGGCACAAAUAUUCUGUAGAAAUGAGGCCUUGUUUUCCAACUUUGUAAAACAGCCAGAUCUUUUAAUGUGAUGCUUUUAUUAUCAACAAAUUUCAGCUAAUUUCUAUGGAGUGAGAAAUGUAUCUCUACAAUUAAAUAAAAAAAGUACAAUUUUGAAUUCGUGAAUUAACUUUUAUAGUUGAAUUACAUCAAAUUGAAAUUGUUUUCCAUGGUUUGAACUUGUGUGCAAGGUUUCAAACUAAGGUUUAAAAUAAUCAGAUUUGUUUGUUUUUGGUGACGCAAGCAAUUUCAGAUUCCGUUCUUCAAAUUCAGAUUUAAAUUUUCAAAACACUACUGAACUGGCUCAUAGACUGAAAUGAGAGCAGUCAAAUCUGUGCUCCUUUGCUUUCCUGAAGUCCCCAGAUGUAGUGAUGUGAAAAUUUGAAUUUGAAAUUGAUUGCUCCACAAAACAAAACAAAACAAAAAAAAAAACAUAAAACAUUUCUACACUUGAUCAUCAGGAUCUCAUAUUUGAAGCCUUAAACACAAAAUUGUAUUCCAUGGCUGGAAUUUAAUUUGUAAUUAAAAUUAGAAAGCUUGAACUACAAAGCUUUAUUUCCAGAUUUGUAAACUUUACUUUACUUUGCACACUGAAGCAGCACAUUUCUCACUUCAUAAAUUUCCCAUCUCCUGCAGUCGAGAUUACUUGCAACGUGACGUCUUUGUCUUAAAUAAAUUCCUUUCUAAUAUUGAAGCCAGCAAAUUUCUACAGCUAGGAUAAAGUCCAGGAAAUACAUAUCUAUUAGUUGCACAAUGCAAAAUCCUACCUCUAUGAUUGUGUGUAAUUAGGAUCUCGUCAAGCCAUGACUCAAACGCAGAACUGGAUUCACGGCCACACGCAGCGUGACGGCGCCUGACGUCGUUAUUCUCUCAGUGCACAUGUGCAGCGAAAGCACUUGAAGAGCAAAUCAACCUAAAGCUCAGUGUCAAAUGUGUGACAGGAAAAAAAAAAAAAAAAAGAUUAAUAUGAAAUGGAAAUUAUUUAGCAUCUCAGACCGAGUCUCAGGUAUGUUAAAUACUUUCAAAUACCAAGCACUUAUGCAGUAUGUCUGGAGCUCGAAGUGCAGCGGUUAACUUUAUAACGAAGCAUAGUUCGAGAACAUGGGCAUUAUGAAUACACAGCCAAGCCAGUGAGAUUAAAAUAAUAAUAAUUAAAACAAAAAGGAUGGAUAAAAAGAGGCAAAAUAAACAAGUGACUCAAUUUUUUUUCCAGUUUUAGAAUUGUUUUAGCUACAAUAUACAUCGCAAUUGAAAGGUAAAGAUUUUUUUUUUUUUUUUAAAUAAGUAGCUUAAUUUAUUUUUUUUUCUAGGUAAAUAAAUGGCAUGCAAAUUAUAGCUGCUAAAUAUUUUUUAUUUUAAUGUUUGUUAUUUAGUAAUUGUAACAAUUAUAAAAAUAUAUAAAAAAAAAAAUAACAAGGUUAAAUGUUAAUUUUGUUGUAAACCAACAAAGGAAAUGCUCGUCAAUUGAAAAUCUAUCAAACAAAAACCAGGUGUCCCCAAACCUUUUAAAGGGCUUUGUAUAUAAAUACAAUAUCUUAAAAGCUAAAAAGUGAAAAGUAUGAAAAAGGUGACUUAGUGAAUUUGUUUUUUUUCGCUGCCAUACGUGACGAGUGCACGUUUUUUUCCCCUUCGUUUCUCAGUGGUCAGUUUUCUGGCCGUCGGUGCUUUACAGAGCUACAGACUUUACAAACUUGGACAUAAAACAGAACUAGUAGGAACCUAGCUGUAACAUACGCUAACUACUUAAGCUAAUGUGGUUCAACGUGUGAUUUGUGAGUUUUUUACAAACAUACACGAGUUUUAGGAUCAUAGGGACCUGAAAGUUAGAGUUAGAGAUAGAGAUGAUGCUUAGAAAUGAUGCUUUUCAUGCUGAUUAUUUUGGGUAAGUUUUUGUGGCUUUUUCAAGGGUGUUUUUUUUUUUUUUUUUUUUUUUUUUCAAGUAGCAGCAACCAAGUGAAAGUGGAUAUACUGUGUAAAGAGAGUUUUCUUUAAUAGCUGCAACCUCUGAUUUCCUCCAUAUGCUUCAAAUGUUUAAAUCCAGAUCUAAUUAUUAGACUUGAGCAUUCCUAAAAGGCUUCACCCCUCAUUACGGUGUGUAUUUUUGCACACACGCACACUGAUCUAUUUAGUGUGCGAUAUGAAAUUGGAUAUUACUGGGAGUUUUUUUCCCCUCUAUGUUCUUUCGUGUUUAUUAUACAGCUAUUAAAGUACGUUAAUUGAAAUAUUUUGCCACCAAAAAAAAAAAAAAAAAAAAAAAAAAAAAAAAGAAGCUGACAUUUUAUGUAUAGCUUUUCUAUGUUUGUCUGCUUGUGUGUAAAUAUUAUCUGUAUCUUUUAAGUGAUUAGAUAGUCCUGCACAUUCUUUUCUAAAAUCGGGUCUUUUUUUUUUUUUAUUUUAAAUUUGUAGCAUUCCCAUACUUCUGUAAUAUAUUUUUGUGUAUAACUUUUCAGUGUUAACUUUCUCUGGGGCACUUAAAUUUAAAUAUAUCAUGUUAAACAAUUCUGUUCAGAUUAAAAAAGAAAAACUGCAUACCUCCAGUUUCCCUACUACAAAAGAUGAAUCUAUGCACGUACAUCUUUUACUGCACAGCUAAAGAAAUCUUUAUAUUUACUACUUUUUCCAAAAUUAUACUCAUUUUGUGGCCCAUUCAUCUUCAAGCUAUAAAUGAAUUUAUUUUUUCUUAAGCAUUUAAUUUUCUGAGAAUUUGGACGGGGGAAAAAAAAGUCAACUCAAUCACACAAUCAUGCUUUCUCUAAGAUGCACAAGUUAAAAUUUAGUGAAAAAAAGUUUUUUUUCCUCCAACACUGCCUUGAUAAGUGACCAGUCCUAAACAUAUCAUGUAAAUGUUGUUCAGCCUGUAAGAAAUUCUAAUGUGCAAAUGCUAACGUUUUGUCCCAUUGUCUUUUCAAUCUGUGACAACCAGCGUAAAUGUUUACAACUGUCGAUUCGGCUUAAUAGCUAUUGUGGAUGUUGAAUAAAAGGACAAAUAUUAAAGAAAACAAAAUCA